AUGUCUCAAGAGAUGGACGAUCUCUAUGUGAAACAGAUACAGGAUAAAUUUGAGAUGUGUAUGGUAGGAGAACUAUCUUAUUUUCUGGGAUUUCAAACAAAGAAAAUAAAUGAGGAAAUUUUUACCUUUCAAAGCAAAUAUGCCAAAAAUUUAAUGAAUAAAUAUGGCCUUGAAAGUGCCUGUGCUAAAAGAACUCCUACUCCAACUCAUGUAAAAAUGUCAAAAGACUCCAGGAGAACUAAUGUUGAUAAGAGUCUCAAUAGGAGUAUCAUUGAGGGUUUGCUUAAUUUGACUGCCAGCAGACCUGACAUUGCCUCUGCCAUUGGUGUAUGUGUUAGAUAUCAGUCUUGUCCUAAAAACAAUCAUUUACUCAGUGCAAAGAGAAUCAUCAAAUACAUAAAUAGCACUAGCGAAUAUGGCUUAUUGUAUACCCUUGAUACCAGUAGCUCUCUAGUUGCCUACUAUGAUGUUGAUUAG